UCCUACUUCUACUAAUUAACCAAAAAAAUCAAAUCAUCUUAUACAUACAUAUUUAAUCAUCCCCCUCUUAUUAAUCUAAUCAAAAUCCCUCAAAACCAAACCGAUUCCUCCUCCUCUCCCCCUUCGUUCGUCGUCCAGAGAAGCAGCGGCAGCGGCGGCGGCGGCGGCGGCAGGAGGAAUCGCGAUGGCGGCGGAAAAAGGAAGUCCAUUGCCAAAGUUUGGGGAAUGGGAUGUCAAUGAUCCUGCUUCAGCUGAGGGAUUCACUGUAAUCUUUAACAAAGCUAGAGAUGAGAAGAAGACUGGUGGCUCACAGGGACAAGAUUUGCCCUCAAAAAGUGAACAGCCAUCUGGACAAGGGUUGUAUCCAGCAAAGCCAAACAGUUCUAAGAAAUGGUUCUGCUGCAUGCAACCUACCGCUGCUGAAUCUUGAAGAUCAUGGGCUUAUUGGAUUGUGGAAGCGGCUACCUUGUUAAAAUCUCAAAAAGCUCCACAAUAUCCAUGGGAACUUGUUUGUGGGUUUACAGUUGUGUGGUGAACAUGUUAUGGGAAAACAUGUAAUAUCACUUCUAUGGUGUGUACAUUAUUUACAACUUACAUAUGUGGGAAAACAUCAGUGGUGUAUAUCGAUGCAUAAAGUUGGUAUUUCGUCAAAUUGACUCAAUCUUGAAUGUUCAUUCUGUUAAAAAGGGCGAAAAGAAAAGGCAAAAGUAACACCGAAAGGCCUCUCAAGUUGA